CCUGCGGACCUGGCGAGGGUUCAGCCAAAGGGGAGUGUGGCCAGACCUCCCACUACCCGUGGUGGAAGGGAGGAAAGAAGCCAUAAAGUUUGUGCUGCGAGAGCCGGGGAGGGAAGCUCUCCGCACUGGAUGCAAGGGGAGCCAAACCCUAGUGCUUCCCUUAUUGACAGAACCAUCAAGAUGAGAAAAGAAACAGAAGCUAGGAAAGUGGUUUUAGCCUGGGGACUCCUAAAUGUAUCUAUGGCUGGAAUGAUAUAUACUGAAAUGACUGGAAAAUUGAUUAGUUCAUAUUAUAAUGUGACACACUGGCCCCUCUGGUAUAUAGAGCUUGCCCUUGCAUCUCUCUUCAGCCUAAACGCUUUAUUUGAUUUUUGGAGAUAUUUCAAGUACACUGUGGCACCAACAAGUCUGGUUGUUAGCCCUGGACAGCAAACACUUUUAGGGUUGAAAACAGCUGUUGUACAGACUACUCCUCCACGUGAUCUGACAGCACCCCAAAUCCCUCCCUCUCCACCUUCUCCUUCAAUUCAGGGUCAGAGUGUAUUAAGUUAUAGCCCAUCUCGCUCACCCAGUACCAGCCCCAAGUUCACCACCAGCUGUAUAACUGGAUACAGCCCUCAGCUACAAGGUCUGUCAUCAGGUGGCAGUGGUUCUUAUAGCCCUGGAGUGACCUACUCACCCAUCAGUGGUUAUAACAAGUUGGCCAGCUAUAGUCCCUCUCCAUCUUCUCCAUACCCUACCACCGUUGGACCAGUGGAGAACAGUGGAUUGAGAUCUCGCUACCGUUCUUCACCCACGGUCUACAACUCCCCUACUGACAAAGAAGACUACAUGACAGACCUACGAACCUUGGAUACUUUUCUUAGAAGUGAAGAAGAGAAACAGCAUAGAGUUAAGCUGGGAAGCCCAGAUUCUACUUCGCCUUCCACCAGUCCUACUUUCUGGAACUACAGUCGUUCUGUGGGGGAUUAUGCACAAACUUUAAAGAAGUUUCAGUAUCAGCUUGCCUGUAGGUCUCAGGCCCCAUGUGCUAACAAAGAUGAAGCUGAUCUCAGUUCUAAACAAGCUGCAGAGGAGGUCUGGGCAAGAGUGACUAUGAAUAGACAACUUCUUGAUCAUAUGGAUUCAUGGACAGCCAAGUUCAGAAAUUGGAUCAAUGAGACAAUAUUAGUGCCACUUGUGCAAGAGAUUGAGUCUGUCAGCACACAAAUGAGGCGAAUGGGUUGUCCAGAGCUGCAAAUAGGAGAGGCUAGUAUUACUAGCUUGAAGCAGGCUGCUCUGGUCAAAGCUCCACUCAUUCCAACUCUAAAUACAAUCGUGCAGUAUCUAGACCUCACGCCAAAUCAGGAAUACUUGUUUGAAAGGAUCAAAGAACUUUCUCAAGGAGGCUGUAUGAGCUCAUUUAGAUGGAAUAGAGGUGGAGACUUCAAAGGCCGCAAGUGGGAUACAGACCUGCCCACUGAUUCUGCUAUCAUCAUGCAUGUGUUUUGCACCUACCUUGAUUCCAGACUACCUCCACAUCCUAAAUACCCUGAUGGAAAAACAUUUACUUCUCAGCACUUUGUUCAGACACCAAAUAAACCAGAUGUGACAAAUGAGAAUGUUUUUUGCAUUUAUCAGAGUGCUAUCAACCCUCCCCAUUAUGAGCUAAUCUACCAGCGUCAUGUCUACAGUCUUCCAAAGGGCCGAAAUAAUAUGUUUCAUACAUUGUUAAUGUUCCUCUACAUCAUAAAGACCAAAGAGUCAGGAAUGCUUGGGAGAGUUAAUCUUGGUCUAUCCGGUGUGAAUAUUUUGUGGAUUUUUGGCGAGUAGUGGGUCAUUUAAUUCCAAACUUUUGGACUUUAUUUGACUGAAUCAGAAGUUGAAUCUAAGUAUCUCUGCGUCACUCACUGCCUCUUCUGAAAUAAGAUACAUAUGUGUAUGUUACAGACUCUUUAGAGUUAACAAAAAAUUAGCUAUUAUGAAACUUCUUUGUAAAAGUAUGCCCUAUAUCUUCUACACCAAGAAACAUUAUCAUUUCAGAAAAAAACUGCAACCCUUCAGAUUUGUGUUGGCCAAAACAGUGCAGUUCCCCCUUAAUUGAGUCCUUAUUCACUGUAACCCCCCAAAUAAGAAUCAUCUGCCUGAUUCCUCCCCACAAAAAUUGUUUUUUCAGUUGAGUUAUUUAGUAUAAAUAAUUUUUUUUAAAAAGCAAAUUGCUUAUUUUUUUUAAUGUUUAUAUUACCCCAGUGUUCAACAAAUUAGCCCAAGGCCCAUAUUUAAAGAAAUGAGAUAAACUUUUAAAUAAUAGUUCGUGUGCCUUUUAAAAAUAUUAUUGGAGGGCUUCCCUGGUGGCGCAGUGGUUGAGAGUCCGCCUGCCGAUGCAGGGGACACGGGUUCGUGCCCUGGUCUGGGAGGAUCCCGCAUGCCGCGGAGCGGCUGGGCCCGUGAGCCAUGGCCACUGAGCCUGUGCGUCCGGAGCCUCUGCUUCGCAACGGGAGAGACCACAACAGUGAGAGGCCCACGUACCGCAAAAAAAAUAAAAAAUAAAAAAGUAAAAUAAAAUAAAAAUAUUAUUGGAAGAGGUUUGACGGUAUUAAUGUUUAAAAAGUCAACUCUUGAUGAAGUUCACAGUCUUGAACAUGGUUUGAAAGAUGCUGCCUGAUCUUCCCUCUGCCCGCCUCGCCCCUGCCUCCACUGCAGUCUUGCCUUGCUCCUCUCCUUCCGUGCCCCAGCCACACUGGCCCUCUCUCAGCUCUCAUCCCAGGGCCUCCGUGCACUCCCGCUGCCUGAGACACUCCGGCCCCACUCUUGGUCUAGCCAACCUUCCUCAGCUCCCUUCUAGGCUCUGCCUAAAUGUUGCUUUCCCAAAGAAGCUCUCCCUCCCCCCACUCCUUCCAUUCCCACCUCCCGCAGAUCCCCCGUUUCCUCUCUUGGUACCUUUCACCUUUGCUUCAUAUCACCGACCAUGGUUUGAAAUCACAUAGGCACGUGCAUUUCUUUAUAUGUCUCUCUAAACCUGUGCUGUUCAAUACAGCAGCUACCUGAGGCCGUUAAGCACUUGAAACACACCUAGUCCAAAUUGCAAUGUGCCAUAAGUGUAAAAUCACACCAGUUUCAAAGACUUGAUAGGAAUAAAAGACUGUAAACUAAAAAAUAAACUAUAAAAAUAAAAAGUCAACCCUUGGAUUAAAUUUAGUUGAUGGAAUUAAACUAUUUAGGUCUUAGUUAAGAGGCUGAGGACAUCAAGAAAACAAUUGCCUUGGUUUUUAAUAACUCAGUUUCACUGUUCCAUAAUAUUGUAUUAAGAGUUCCCUUAGGAUCAUAUGAUAUCUUAUCUGUUUAAAUUUUUUAGAUAUGUUCAAAAUAUCUGGAGAGUAAGAAAUAACCAAGUUUGUAAGUUUUGCUUGACUCUCCAUCCUUAUUUUCUUACAUGUAUAUGUAGUAUAUCUAAGGCUAGUUAGCAAUUGCAUGUAUUUUCUGGGUUGACAUGUUACUAGAGACUGCUUUACCUGGAAACAACUAAAACUAGUAUUUUCUCAAUAACUCCGUGUCAGUAUUACAUAUGCAGCUUAUUUUGUAUAAUUUGUAAAUCUUGUUCAGAUGUCCAAAGGAAAGGAAGUUUCUAUCUUUUAACUGCUUUUAAUGUAUGUUAAAUGUUUGUUAUGG